CUAUAAACUGUAGGCGUUCCUUUAUUUUCCCCCUCUCCUUGACUCCGCCCUGAUUGCGUUUCUUUUAUUCGCUUUUGCUCUGGGCCUUUUGAACCCACUGCGGCCGCCGUAGUCGUGUGGCAAGAUGGCGGCUCUCGCGUUUGGCGGUAUACUGAGAGCCGCUUCAGGAGUAUUAAGGCCCCUGAAUACGUUGGCAGCUCCAGCCUAUCGAAACUGUACCAAGAAUGCCUGUCUUAUUUCUGCACUGUCCACCAGACAUUUCAGUCAUAUUCAGGCACCGGUUGUUUCCUCUGCUCCCAGACUUACCACAUCUGUCAGAAACCUUCCUUGUGGGCAUUCUACAACCAUUCCUAACAGAGCGGCUCCCUUGCUUCCAAGUGUCCUGAAGCAGCCAGUCAGGACCGUCACAUACUUCAGUUCACGAAAAGGCAAGAGAAAAACUGUGAAAGCUGUCAUCUACAGGUUUCUUAGACUUCAUUCUGGCCUUUGGCUAAGGAGAAAGUCUGGUUAUAAGAAGAAAUUAUGGAAAAAGACCACUGCAAGAAAAAGACGCUUGAGGGAAUUUGUGUUCUGCAAUAAAACCCAGAGUAAACUCUUAGAUAAAAUGACCACGUCUUUCUGGAAGAGGCGGAACUGGUAUGCCGAUGAUCCCUAUCAGAGGUACCACGAUCGCACAAACCUGAAAGUGUAGGUCAGAAAUGGCACGGCUCCCCAGGCAUUGCCUGUGUAUAUCUGCAUAUAUUAUGUCUCUGCAAAAAUAAAGAAGUAUAAAACUUGA